CCUAGCUGAAGGUGUUGACAUUUUGCCGAGUGAUAUUUCUGUAGAGCUUAGAGCGCCCAACAUUCGUUGUCAUGCGCUCUUUAGUCAACAGCCUUUGAUAAUUGCUUUUGGCUCCGGCAUCACCAAAGCGCAAUGUCUAUCUUUGACUGCAUUGUGGUCACUUGCUCCUCUCUUAAGUGGGCAACUGCGAUUGAAGCAGAACUGCGGAUACUUCAAGCUCGGAAUAUCAUUUCUAAAUCGGCCAAAAUACUUACCAUCGAGGACCCUGCAAGUAACAUCGGCAGUGGAGCUGCCACAUUGAAUGCACUUCUGGUAGUGACAGAAUACUUGAGUGCUGAAAAUGGAUAUACAGUAGUGUCCCCUGAUGUGCUUGAAAAAAGCCGGAUUUUAAUACUGCAUCAUGGCAGAGAAUAUCCUCUGGAACCAUGUGGAAAGGCUUUUAUGAGCGUGCCAGAAAUUCAUGCUGUUUCCAUUGACCAGAUCAAUGGUCACUCUACCAACUUAGAGAAUCUGUUCAAUAUCACUUCUCAGAUGCAACAGAAUGGUCCUCCAGGCGUUUGGGUCUGCAGCACUGACAUGAUUUUGACCUGCAGUGAUGUCGCAAUCAACUGGUCGUGUGUUAAAGACUGCCUGCUCAUAUGCUCCAUUUGCGAUCCCUUGUAUGCUGCAAGUCAUGGUGCCGUCAAAGUGAACAGUGAUGGCAUUGUUUCAAGCAUUCUGUAUUGUGGAACAUUGCAAGCCUUGCACGAUUACACACUUACUGAUGGAACAGUUCUCGUGGUGUCUGGAAUGGUAUUUUUUUCUUCUGAGCUGGCCGAGAGUCUCCUAGCUCUGCACACCAUGUCCCCUUUGGACUGUUGCACAUACAUGGGGGUUGACAGUGGUGCUGAGCCAAUGCAAAUGUCAUUGUUUUUUGAUUUUCUGGUGGCCAUGGCUGAAGAUGUCACACAAGACACAUUUGUUAGCGGCCAGUAUGGUCGCUGCUAUGACCAAAAAUUCAGUCUUGAGAAGAGUACAAUGGCGCAGAGGGCUCGAAAUCUUGUUUGGAAAGAGCUUUCAUCGUACUCUCUAAAAGCUUAUGUUUUGAAAGGCCAGCCAAGUCACCACUACUUGUCCAAUGACACUACUGCCCGUCAACAUUCUGACUUCCUUAUUAGCCGUGCAGGCAACGAUUGGCUUCUUCAUGCUGCUUUAGAUGUUGAUGAAAAAGCACUUGGCGACAGUGCUGUUCUCAUGAAUACCUUUGUAAAGAGUGGUAAAUGCUUCAUCGGAAGCCACUCAGUGUUGAAAAACUGCUGCUUGGAGGCACGUGAGGUGGUCAUUGGCGAGAAUUGCUAUAUAAAUGGGCUGACAGUGAACCUAGACACUCAGGCGUUGAUUAUCCCUGAAAACACGUGCAUAAUUCAGUACGAAGUCUUUUUGGAGUAUUCUGGUGUAUCAUCUCCCGUCAUUGUCACAUUUGGAAUGGAAGACAGUCUUCAUGGAAAACUCUCUGAUGUUCAUCGGGGACAGGAGCAGAACUGCCUCAUGACUGCAAAGAGGUUCACAUACAGUGAAGAUAGCCUACAAGAUGCUCUGCAUCUCCUCACCUUCACUCAAGAUCAAGAGCACUUAAAUCGAUUGAAAAACUGCAAGAGGCCUUCCCUAGCAGAUGUGUUGGCACAUCAGGACUUGAAAGGCCAGUUUUGUCGAUCCUGGGACACUUUUUUUCGUGUCGCAAACUCCGUCAUUAAAAGGACUCUGGUGGAAAAGUCGGACGUGCUUAUCACCCCUCUUAUGAAUGCAGCUUCUGCUUGUGGCCAGGAGACAAGUGUAAUGGCUGUGUUGGAUUCAGUUGCUGAAGGACAAGAGGGUGGCAUGGAUCCUGCCGUAGCGUCGAGAGCGUUUUCGUGCAUUGCGGACUUUUUGGGUGCAAUGGCUGGAAAUUCCGGAGGCUUGCGAAGCGGUCCUGGAGGCAACAAGACCUGGAUGCGUGCUUUUGAGUUGCUGGAGGAAGGACAAAUUGAGAAAGGUGCUCUGGCAUUGAAACGGGAACGUCUCAAGUGGAUGGACCGACCAGAUCGCAUGAUGCGAGCAGCAAGGCAUUAUGAAGGAGCCCUACAGGUGCUUAUAAGAAAAGCUGUGCUAACCGCAGAAAAGUAUAUUAUAACAGCUGCAGCUUCCUCUCAGCUUCCCUUUGGACAAUGGGUUGUAGCAGAGGGCCCUGCAAGAAUGGAUUUGUUUGGUGGAUGGACAGACACGCCACCUAUCUGCUAUGAGCUCGGGGGCUCAGUAAUUAAUGUUGCUGUGCUUGUUGAUGGCCAGAAACCGAUUGGGGCCCGGGCACGAAGAAUACACGAACUGCACAUUGUCAUCACACCGGUGCACCACAAUGUUCCAGAAGAGAUUGAGAUAUUUUCCACAGACCUUCUGGACUAUAAUCAGCCUGGUGCUAGAGGUGCUCUCCUUAAAGCCUGUCUUAUUGGCUCUGGCGUUGUCCAGAUUAACCACAAAAACACACUGCCAGAGCAGCUUUUAGCACUGCAUGGAGGUGGCAUUGAGCUUCAGAGCUGGUCCAACUUGCCCCAAGGAUCAGGCCUGGGAACAAGUAGCAUUUUGGCUGCUGCCAUUGUGUCAGCUCUCUGGACUGCAGUUGGGCGGACAUUUGACAAAUUAGCUGUCAUUCACUGUGUGCUGCAUGUCGAGCAACUUUUGACAACAGGAGGAGGCUGGCAAGAUCAAGUUGCUGGAGUCAUUGGCGGGCUCGUGCAAGGCUCCUCCCAGCCUCACUUACCUCUCCGUGUGGACGUUGAAGUGCUCUCACUUUCACUGGAUGUAUACUCUCAGUUGAAUGAUCACUUUCUCCUUCUUUAUACUGGCAAAGUCAGGCUGGCCAAGAACUUACUUCAGACUGUCAUACGGAACUGGUACACCAGAGAUGCUAAAGUGGUGUUGUGUUUCAAGGAGCUGCUUCACCUCUGUAGAACAAGUGUCAAAGAAUCCUUCCUAAAAGGGGAUCUCAAGGCGAUUGGCGAGUGGUUGGACCACUACUGGCAGCUAAAGAAGGUGCUGGCCGCUGGGUGUGAGCCUAUGUUUGUCGGGCGUCUUAUGGGGCUUCUGCGGCCUCAUGUUCAUGGUCAGCUGCUGCUAGGUGCAGGCGGCGGUGGUUUCCUAUGUGCCCUCACCAAAGAACCUCGCCAGGCUGGCUUUGUGCAGAAGCUUUUGGAUGAGACUCAGGGAAUGUCAAAGGUUACUGUACACAUGGUGAAAAUUGACACGACUGGCCUGACACUGAGCAUCAAUGGAAACAACGCAGAUCCUCCGAUUCCUUUUCUGCGUUAAGUUGAUGUAGUAUAGUGGUAGUUAGGUUUGUUAUGCAGGUAUACAAAAAAAUGGUCCACCAGUGCAUAUACUUUUGUAUUCUUUAUACAUUUUACAGCUCAAUCUGAAACAUUUACAAAGACAUUCCGAGGAUUUUGAAGAAUUCAUAUUACAUUUAUGGCACAAUACAAAUGAACUUUGCAGCCUAGUCUUCACUUAUGUACUUGCACUGUUUUAUAGGUCAAUAUACCAGUAUGCUGGUGAUAUGCUAACACUGGAUACCUGGCACAAGUGAAUUGCUCCUAUGAUUUUACCAUGUAUUUCAUCAUAUUCCUUUAUUUUAUAGCUAUUGUGCCCCGUCAUUAUUCUUAGUCAUUUCUUUUUGUUUUGUCUGAAAUGCACCUGUGAUAGCGGGCCUUUUUUCUUUUUAUAGUCUUUAACAGCUUUAUUGACUAACUUUUCAGUAGUUACAGUGUGUAACUGCACAAUAUGUCAGUUAUUUACUCUUUUUUACUGAAACAACAGGCAUAACUGAGCAGUCCAAGUUUGCCGACAGCUCUUGGGAUGUCAUACUAUUGGCUUAUGUAUAUGCAUCUCUGUUUUUUAAAUCACUGUGAAUAAAACCCAUGUGCAAAUAGAAGAGUGUUUAAAGGCAUUAUACUUACUGUCCGACUACUUCACAGUAACUGCUGUUGCUGGUAAUGCAUGUCAGCAAGAAUAAAAAUGUGCGACUCUCUUAUGCUUGGCUAAUCGAAAGUCUUGAUCUAUGUCUUAUUUUUAGUACUUGUUUCACUAAAAAAAAAGUGAAGGCCUGCUAUCUGAUCACCAAGUGCCAGUGUUGUUUCAUGUAAAGAACUAAAGCAUAUUCAUCCUCUUCUUACUGUAAGAAAAAAAAAUAAACUGUGCCAAAUUUAGUGGAUUCUUUUUUUGCUCAACUUGUAGAGCUCCUUUUUUAUAAAAUAAAAUGUUACCACUCUUUCAAUUCAA